AUGUAUGAAGCAUCGUACAAAGGGUGUGCUCCGACUUUGAAGUCGCUCAAGGAAAUGGAGAAUUCUAAUCAUCAUGAAGAAGAGAAAAUGAUCAGAGUUCUUUAUGAAGCACCGCACAGCGGGUGUGUUUCAACUUUGAGGCCACUGAUCCGGCAACACCCUCUGGUUCUUCACGUAAUCAACUCCAGAACUACUUUCAUUGACACACCUUUGCACAUAUCGGCCUCACUUGGCUAUCUUGAAUUCACAAGAGUCCUUCUUGCGCACAAGCCUAAACUUGCCCUUGAGUUAGACUCCUUCCGAAGCACGGCCCUCCACAUAGCUUCUGCAGAAGGCCACAUCCACAUUGUGAAGGAGCUUUUGGCGGUUUAUGAGCAGACUUGCUUGGUUCCUGAUCAAGAAGGUAGAAUUCCCUUGCACGUAGCUGUAAUCAGAGGCAGACUAGAGGUUGUGGCAGAGUUCAUCAGGGCAAAGCCAGAGUCUUUGAAGAUCCUUCACAACGGCAGAACUGUUUUGCACUUAUGCGUCACAUAUAACCACUUGGAGAUCCUCAAAGCUUUGUUGGAUUCAAGCAUUGAGAUUUGUGAUGAGAUGCUCAAUUGGAGAGAACGGGAUGGCAACAACACCGUUCUACACCUGGCCAUCAUGUUGAAGCAAGUCGAGGUAGUUUUACCUUCCCCCCCUUCUUUUUGGUCAUGUAAUUACUUCUGCACCACCAGCUGA